CCAAAAACCCUAAAACAGAAGGUCCAACUAUCACAGAGAACGAUAACAAAGAGGAAGAAGAAGAACAAAUAAACUCAUGGAUACAAAAAAGAAAAUGAAAGGGGAACGCGAAGAAGAAAAAGAAUUGAACAAAAAUUCAGAAAUAUUCGCAUCCUGCUCUUUCUCCAGUUUAGGCCUUCACCCAACCCUGUGCAACGAGCUUCAAGAAAGAUUGGGUUUUGAAGCUCCAACACUGGUUCAGGCUCAAGCUAUUCCUGUUGUUCUCUCUGGUCGUCAUGUACUUGUUAAUGCGGCUACUGGUACUGGCAAAACUGUGGCCUAUUUAGCCCCAAUUAUUCAUCACUUGCAGAGUUACAGUCCAAAAAUCGAGCGUAACCAAGGAACUUUUGCGUUGGUCCUUGUGCCUACGCGUGAGUUGUGCAUACAGGUUUAUGAGAUUUUGCAGAAGUUGUUGCACCGUUUUCAUUGGAUUGUUCCGGGGUAUGUAAUGGGUGGUGAAAAAAGGACUAAGGAGAAAGCUAGGCUGCGCAAAGGUAUAUCUAUUCUUAUUGCGACUCCAGGGCGCCUUUUGGAUCACUUGAAAAAUACAUCAUCAUUCAUGCACUCAAAUUUGCGAUGGAUAAUAUUUGAUGAAGCAGAUAGAAUCUUGGAAUUAGGAUUUGGCCAGGAAAUAGAGCAGAUACUGGAUUUGCUGGGCUCUAGGCUAACUGAACCUGUUGUCAAGGGAAAUAAAGUCUCCAGCAUCUCUACUUCUCAGAGGCAAAAUCUGCUAUUAUCAGCUACCUUGAAUGAAAAAGUAAACAAUCUUGCUAAAAUAAGUUUAGAAAAUCCAGUUAUGAUUGGUCUUGAUGAUAAGAAGAUGCAACUGGAUCAGUUAAUUGAACAUACUGAAUCUGUAGAGUCUAAUACGGAUGAUGAACUAGAAUGUCCCAGCAAAGUAACAAACCCUUCAACUGGAGAUUAUAAACUUCCGUCUCAGUUGGUUCAGAAAUAUGUGAAAGUGCCCUGUGGUUCGCGGCUUGCAGUACUUAUUUCCAUUCUAAAACAUCUGUUUGAGAAAGAAACUUCCCAAAAAAUUGUGGUGUUCUUUUCAACAUGUGAUGGAGUGGAUUUCCACUAUUCUUUGUUAAGUGAUUUCCGCUAUUCGCCCAAUUCGCAAUCGGAAGCUGAGGGUUCAGAGAUGUUUUUGAGAUGCAAAAUUUUUCGGUUGCAUGGAAGUAUGAAGCAGGAAGAUCGACGAAGCACAUUCCAAGCCUUCAAAACUGAGAAGUUGGCUCUUCUUCUGUCCACAGAUGUAGCAGCUAGAGGCUUGGAUUUUCCAAAAGUUCGAUGCAUUAUACAGUAUGAUUCUCCGGGAGAGGCUACUGAAUAUGUGCACAGGGUUGGUAGGACUGCUCGGUUGGGUGAAAUGGGGGAUUCCUUGCUAUUCCUACAACCAGUUGAAGUGGAUUAUCUACAAGACCUGGGGAAACAUGGUGUGUCAUUGACAGAGUAUCCCAUCCUCAAAGUGUUGGAUAGUCUUCUGUUGCAUGGACAGACUCAUCGCACCAAGAAGUUUGUUUCUUUGGAGUUGCAUCCCUGGGUGUUAUCAGUGCAGAAGGCCCUUGAAUCAUUUAUUUCAGUGCAGCCAAGGAUGAAUAAGUUGGCCCAGAAUGCAUUUAUCUCUUGGGUCCGCGCAUACACAGCCCACCGAGGAGAUUUGAAGAGAAUAUUUAUGGUGCAGAAACUUCACUUGGGGCAUGUUGCCAAAAGCUUUGCCUUGAAGCAACAACCAUCCUUGGUUGGAAAAUCAUUCCAAAAGCAAUCAAAGAAGAGGAAGAGGGAUCAGAAGCAAAAAGGCCUGUCAAAAAAGAGGAAGAUAACCGGUAAAACAUGAAUGCAAAAUGUGAGGAAGAUAAUUUUAGGACAUGGCAAAUUGGCAGACAGAUGCUGAACUCUGUUGCCAACUAUGGGCAUGCUUACCAAAACAGAUUUGGCUGCCAUUUACUGCUUAAAACUAGUAGUUGGCAAUUUGGUAACUGGCCAUGAAGUUAUGGGAAGAACUAGGCGAUAUUUCUGCAUUUUUGUGUUCUUCUGCAACUCAUUGAUGCGAAGCUUAUGGAUAUAGUCUACCGAAGAUUAUUUUUGACUCAAAAAUCAUACUAAGUAUAGAUGAGUUUUGACUUGAGACUUUGUAUUAGAUUUGAUGAUUGUAUUUUUGCUAGAUAGAGAUUGUACUAUUGCACUCUUCUAAUUUUAGACGGCUACAAUGCCCUGAGUUUUCCCCAACCAAUGGCAAAUUGAAUUCCUUUUUUAUUAUGACAGCA